AUGUCGUCAUACUACUUUGACACCAUCAAAAUUUCGUAUACCAAUGUACCCGUGACUGCCGAUGGAAUCGCGACGUCCGAGUUUAUCGAUGCCACGGGCGGCGUUGUUGGUCUCUUUGAUCUGCUCGGCAGCAGCGCAUUCACGGUCGUGCAGAACGAUAUGAACGGAAACAUCAAAAAAGUGCGCGAGCGCUUGCUGGCUACUGGCCCUAACGUCUCUGGUACGCUGCAGCUCCUGGUCAAAAACGAAGGCGAGCCGGGUGACAAGAAGCGCGUCGCAACCCAAGGUCUUCUGUGGCUUUUGCGGGGCCUGGACUUUACUUCAAAAGCACUCCGCCGCUCGCUGGACAACCCAGACGAGGAGCUGAGUGUGAGUUUUACCAAGGCAUAUGAAAACAGUUUGCGCCAGUACCACAGUAUUAUGGUGCGCCCUCUCUUUUCUCUCGCGAUGAAGGCAUGCCCUUACCGCCGCGAUUUGUACGCCAAGCUCGGGCCGUCUGAGACCGAUGUCAAGGCGCAGCUUUCCUCAUGGCUCGAUGCGUUGGAGAAAAUUGUGCGUGAUAUGCAGCACUUUUAUGAUAUGGGACUUCUCGAUAUUAUUCCCGCCGGCGUUGUUUCUGGCAAGGAUGUCUACAAAGUGUUUGACUAUGCGCGUGAGCGCCACUUUGCCAUCCCUGCAUUUAAUGUUACCACCUCUUCGGUAGCAAACGCUGCACUCGAGGCCGCUCGUGAUGCAAAGUCGCCCGUCAUUUUGCAGCUUUCGCAGGGCGGUGCGCUUUACUUUGCAGGCAAGGGCCUUGCUAACGACAAGCAGCAGGGCUCUGUUGCCGGCGCUGUCGCUGCCGCGCACUACAUCCGCUCCGUCGCAAAGAGCUAUGGCGUUCCCGUCAUUCUCCACACUGACCACUGUGCUAAGAAGCUGCUUCCCUGGUUUGACGGCAUGCUUGAAGCCGAUGAGAAGCACUUUAAGGAGCACGGCGAGCCCCUGUUCAGCUCGCACAUGCUCGAUCUCUCCGAGGAGCCCAAGGAUGAGAACAUUGAGACUUGCCUCAAGUACCUCAAGCGCAUGGCUCCUAUAGGCAUUUGGCUUGAGAUGGAGAUUGGUAUCACGGGUGGUGAAGAGGACGGUGUGAACAAUGAGCAUGUUCAUAACUCUGCUCUGUAUACGCAGCCCGAGGACAUUUGGGACAUCUACAGGCAGUUUAGCGAGAUCACGCCUAACUUCAGCAUUGCUGCCGGUUUUGGCAACGUGCACGGUGUGUACAAGCCGGGCAACGUUUCGCUGCGCCCUGAGCUGCUGCGCGAGCACCAGGACCAUGUCAAGAAGAUCACUGGCUCGGACAAGGAGAACCCUGUUUUCCUCGUCUUCCACGGUGGCUCUGGCUCUGAGAAGCACGAGAUCUCUACUGCUGUCAACAACGGCGUUAUCAAGAUGAACGUCGACACUGACACGCAGUGGGCCUACCUCGAAGGUAUCCGCGACUUUAUCUUGAAGAACAAGGACUACCUUAUGACUCAGGUCGGCAACCCUGAAGGCAAGGACAAGCCCAACAAGAAGUUUUACGACCCCCGUGUCUGGGUCCGCGAAGGCGAAAAGACGAUGUCGAAGCGCUGCAUUGUGGCCUUCGAUGACCUUCGCUCGUCGAACCAACUCUAA